GCAAUUUAUUCAUUUUCGAGCAUCUUGCUGCCUAAACCAAAGAUACCCUGAGGUAGCUUUAUGAGGAGUUUGCUUUGGUUUUUCGUCGCAGUCGUCUUGUCUUUUCCGAACAACAGGCAGGUGGCACUCUCACCUGCAGGUCACACACAACACCACCGCCGCCAAGACAUUUACACGCAUCUCCAGCACACUUACGCUUAGGCACUCACCAGGUUGGGCACUGCAGACGGCACUCCCUCUCCUGCUGCACAAGGCGCCCAUUUCACCACGGAGGGCAAGAACACAAGACGAGCUCUACCGACAAAGAUUACAGAAAAAACAACCACCCCCCGCGCCAAGACCGCGCGCUCAUUUCCCCAAGGAUGAUAGGAACCUCGCUCCCAGAGCUCAUCUUCAUCCGCAUCAGCAUCACCUUCCUGCGGUACACCACGCCGCUCAUCUUUGCCUUCCUGGCCCUGCACGUGCUCGUCCAGCCGGCGUCCCUGCUCGUUACGACAUGGUACAACCGCAGCCUCCUCGCCUACGCGGGGCUCGACGCGCUGUACUACCUCGCCGUCUGGCUGCCCUAUAAGCGCCGCCUGAGGAGGGAUGCGCGGUACCCACCGCCCAUGCCGCGCGCCGAGCGCCGGCGGCUGCUCAAGAAGUGCCUCGACAACAUGCCUGAUCCGGAGCACUACCUGCGGAUGUGGUUCCUUGGCGCGCCCGACGACGAGAUCAGGCGGGAGAAUGUGCGCGAGUUCCUGCUGUGGGCGUUUCUAGACAAGGGCCCGGAGCGGGAGACGGAGGAUGAUGUCGACGAGGUGGACGAGUACGUGCGAUUGGUGGAGGAGGAAAUGCACCGCACGUUCGCACCCGGCCGGGGCGCGGCAAAGUGUCUCCGCCUCACCAUUGAUGCUGUCGAGACCACGUAUCGAACUAUGGCGUGGUACUUCAUCGUGGGCGCGGUGGACACGAUGACGCACGUGCUACUCGCAUGGCAAGGUUUCCGCUACUACGCGCAGGCCAGGUCGGCGCUCACUUCAGUCGUUCCUCUCCGGCUGCAGAGUCUGCUCCCGGGCGCACGAUCAGAGGGCAAGGACAUGGCAUACUGGCACCGACCUCACACGGCAUCGGACAAGAUACCCAUCGUCUUCUUGCAUGGAAUUGGCAUUGGCUUGUGGCCAUAUGUGCCAUUCUUCUCACGGCUCGCCCGAUGCCAGCCCAGAGACGCACAGAUUGGAGUCAUUGCCAUUGAAAUGCUCCCUAUCUCUUUCCGCCUGACCAAUGAUCCUCUACAGAAGCUCGAAUACCUGCAGAAUGUGACGGCCAUUCUCGAUGCUCGGGGAUGGUCACGCUUUACCCUUGUCACACACUCUUUCGGAAGCGCCGUGGCUACUCAUUAUUUCAAGUCACCAGCACUGGGCCCGCGAGUCGAGGCGGCCGUCAUGAUAGACCCUGUCAGCAUCAUGCUGCAACUGCCCGACGUUGCGUACAACUUUACCAGGCGCAGCCCGCAGAGAGCCAAUGAGUGGCUGCUGUGGUACUUUGCGAGCACGGACCCCGGCGUGGCUCACUGUCUGGGACGUCACUUCCAUUGGAAGGAGAGUAUCGCAUGGAGGGAGGACUUGCUGGGUUUGCCGUCGGACUCCGCCCCCGACAGCGCAGAUUUGGGGGCCAGAGGAUGGGCUCGGAGGGUUGCAGUAUGCCUUGCUGAGCGAGACCUCAUUGUGGACACUCUAGCAGUGGCGCGAUAUCUGGCCGGGGGUGAUGACUGGCGGCCGUCCAGUACGACGUUGGGUCCAGCGGCUGUGGCGCAUCACAAGGAAGCCGAGUUCAUCUCUCGCGAUGGCAUCGAGGUCGCGUGGUUCCCGGAGCUAGAUCAUGCCCAAGUCUUCGACUCGGCGGCUUCGACGCAGCAAAUAUGCAACAUUGUGCAGCGCUAUUGUUCCACAGAUGUCGGAACAGAAGACAGCCGCCGCUGAUCCGGGCGGUACAACUUCGGUUGUAAGUAUUACCCCAGGGAACUGCAUGUAUAUAAAUAGCCCGAGACUUUAGAUAAGGACACUCACAGAGCGUUCCAAUACUCAUACAGGCAACCCGCAAAGGGUGCGAGACUUAAUCAGCAGGCACUUCCUCGCCGAAGAAGUCUGUCAGGUAGACCACUACCGGCUCGGGCCCGCUCCGUAUCAAAAUCCAGACGAAUUCCUCGUCUGUGUCAUUCACUUCUUGGUGUUCGGUCCAGGACGGAACCACGGCAAAAUCGCCGGC